AAAUACUCUGUGACAGAGACAGAGACAGUGGGACGGGGUGGCUGAUUGUCACGUCCGGAGGUUUCCUUCCCAGGCCCGGCCCAGGCCCUCACCAUGCCCACCCACUCCCCUGAAUCAAUUUUAGAAUACUUUGAGUAUGAUGAGUCUGCUGAAGCCUGUGAUAUGGGGGACAUCGUGGCCUUUGGGACCGUCUUCCUGUCCAUACUCUACUCCCUUGUCUUUGCCUUUGGCCUGCUGGGAAAUUUGCUGGUGGUGUUUGCCCUCACCAACAGCCGGAAGCCCAAGAGUAUCACCGACAUUUACCUCCUGAAUCUGGCCUUGUCUGAUCUGCUCUUUGUAGCCACCUUACCCUUCUGGACUCACUACCUGAUAAGUGAACAAGGCCUUCACAACGCUGUGUGCAAACUCACCACCGCCUUCUUCUUCAUCGGCUUUUUUGGAGGCAUAUUCUUCAUCACUGUCAUCAGCAUUGAUAGGUACCUGGCCAUUGUCCUGGCAGCCAACUCCAUGCACAACCGGACUGUGCAGCAUGGCGUCACCAUCAGCCUAGGCGUCUGGGCGGCAGCCAUCUUGGUGGCAGCACCUCAGUUCAUGUUCACAAAACAAAAAGAAAAUGAAUGCCUCGGUGACUACCCUGAGGUCCUGCAGGAACUCUGGCCUGUGCUCCGCAACGUGGAAGCAAAUUUGCUUGGCUUCCUGCUCCCCCUGCUCAUUAUGAGUUACUGUUACAUCAGAAUCAUGCAGACACUGUUUUCCUGUAAGAACCACAAGAAAGCCAAAGCCAUUAAACUGAUCUUUCUGGUGGUCAUCAUGUUUUUCCUCUUCUGGACACCCUACAACAUCAUGAUUUUCUUAGAGACACUUAAUCUCUAUGACUUCUUUCCCAGUUGUGACAUGAAGAGGGAUCUGAGGUUGGCCCUCAGUGUGACCGAGACAAUUGCGUUUAUCCACUGUUGCCUCAAUCCCUUUAUAUACGCAUUUGCUGGAGAGAAGUUCAGAAGAUACCUUUACCACUUGUAUAGGAAAUGUCUGGCUGUCCUGUGUGGUCGUCCUGUCCACGUCAGUUUCUCCCCGACUGAAUCGCAAACGAGCAGGCGGGAAAGCAUUCUGAGCAGCAAUUUUACUCACCACACCAGUGAUGGCGAUGGGUCCAUCAUUCUCUGAAGGGAUACCCAAAGCUUUAUUCCCACAGAGAGCCUGGAGUUCCUGAGCUUGACACUGAAUAAUGAGGACAGACUCUUUUGUUUCUUACAUGCAAGAAAUGAUGAACCGAAUGCUCCAAAACAACCCUAAAGCAUUUUUGAGAAUUCUGCCAAGAUUUGAAUGAUAAAGGGGAGGUACGUCUCUAACUGCAAAUGUCAGGACUUUUUGUUUACAAAUGAUAAAAAUUCAACUCAGACUAGCUUAGCUAAAGAGGAGGUGGGAAGUAUUAUUCACAUGGUGGCAUGAACAAGAGGGUGGCCGAGCCCUCCCUCAAAGUAGAAACUAGGGCUUGAGUCCAGCUAGAAUUUCCUCUCUGGCUCUCAAAUCUCUGAGGGGUGACAGAGCUUCCAGACACAGCUUAGCCAAUAGUGAGGGACUGAAACCCAUCCUUCUCUGGCCUCAAGGUUAAAAUUCCCAGGGAAGGGCUCUCAUUGACCGUGUUUGGAUCAGAUGUCCAUCCCUGGACCAGGUUAUAUCCAAGGGGAGAGAAUAGAUAAGAUGGCAGCUUCCAUUCCAAUCUCAUGGUUAGAGGUGCGGGAAGACAUAUUUCCAAGAAACUGGAGGGGCGGGUGCUGUUUAGAUCUGACAGAACAAGAGCUGCCCACCAACCUUACCAUGUGUCUGGGCCAGCCUCCUCACUGAUCACACCAGCCAGCACACACUGCCAACGCCCUCUCCCUGAAACCCCUUUCUAUCAUGCCCCCAAACCUACAAUGGUUGCCCAGUGCCUACUGCAUCAAAUUUGAGACUCUCCAUUAUGCAGUCCCACCAGCAGAUUCCCCGUUUCUUCCCCUUCCCAGAAGAAUCCAGCCUCUCAGCCAGCCAGGUCUCUUCCAUCCAGCCUUAUGCAUCAUCACCUACUUCCAGGACCAGGGAGAUAAGUAGAAAGAACCCUGGCCCAAACUGAGAAAAGACGGUUUCCAAUCCCAGUUCAUCACUUGGCCUGCUGGGUAGCCUGGAACCAGACCAGCUUCAGCUUCCUCAUCUAUAGAAUGGAGAUAAUGGUAUUUUUCACAUAAGGAGCAUCCUUUCCAGCAUGAGGAACCAGCCACCAAUUCUUACAGGUCCCAACCCUCUUAUCUGAUUCUCAGACUUCAGCUUCCCCCCCCCCCCCCCCGCAUUUGGCACAGUGCUUAAGGGGGAAUGUUGGCAGAGCCUUGGCUCUGCUGUUUGAUGUAGCUCAGAUACAGAGGAGGCUGGUUCUUACAGUGGCACUCAGUGGACACUCCUACAUAUACAGAUUGCCAGUCCUCCCUGACCCAGCCCUCCAGACUGCCUUGAAUGUGCCUUUCCAAUUGUUUCGUGGCAAGCCCCUGCCCAUCUGGAGAGAACCCCCAUCAUUCAUGCCAUUGCCAACCUGGAGAGCCAGGGCCCUAGGAGCAGAUUUUUCCCCCUUUUCAGUAGACUUCUGGGUUGGUCUAAUACUUCAGAGCUUGAAAAACAAUUGUAUUAAAGCUAAAGAGAAUGUCACCUAUAACCUAAACAUGCAAUACCUUCAUUUGCCCACCAAGAACUUGUUCACACUUUCACAUGUUUAGAGUUGAAAGCAUCAUGUACAGACUGUUUUGUAAUAUGCUAUUUUUCUCUUAACAUUAGGCCCCAAAUAGUUCUCUGUUUCUGUAUAGUUUUGUUAUGAUGGCUCUAGAAGUCUCUGCCAGGUUGUGUACUCAUUGAAGGCAUCUGACUCACUGCUGUAUUUCCGACACCCCCUUGGCAGUCAGUAUGUUGGUUUAAUCAAUGAGAGAAUGAAUCAUGUUCCAUCAAGAUUGUGUACUGUAAUUUACUCACCAUUAUCCUGUUGAUAAGCUUGUUUCCAAUAUUUAGCAAAUACAUAUUUAC